AUGGAAAAGCACUUUCCAUCACAAUUCUUAUUCACCUCAAAAUCGAAUAAUGAUUCCGAACUAUUCCCAUCAACAAUUGGUAACAAAAAGUUCAAAUUAACACUGGCCAACUCUGACAUGCUACUCGGAAAGAAAAAAGUCCUACUCAUAGCUGUUUCAUUAUCAAUAUUAAACCAUUUCGAAACAGUACACAAUUCUCCCAUCAUGCAUGAAUUACCAUCCUUGCCCUGUACCACUCCAUUCAUCAUUGUAAUUGCCACAAGCAUCACUAUACUUAAUGGAAUUCCAAACGGUCCUUCCAAUGGUUCUGAUGCUUUGGCAAUUGUAUUUGGUGUUUUAGGAGCUAUCGUUGUUAUGGCUGCUAUUGCUAUUGCAAUUGGUAGUGGUAUUGCAGUUUUUGUCUUGAAGAAGAAGGGAUAUUCUCUCUCAUUGAAGAAACAUCAAAUGUUGAGAGAUGAAGAUGAAUUUGAAUAUCCUCAACAAGACCAAACUCCAAUUUACUCUGUCAACCAAGUAGCUCAAAACUAG